AUGACGGGGUUUCUUGAGACCCAAGGAGGUGCAGAUAAAAUGGGGGGUAAACAGGUCGUGCACGACGUUGAAGAUCCACCCACAGAGUCGGUGCCCACGUUCAGGGCUGUUAGUCCCGAUGAUGGACAGAUCGUGACCCAGCAGGAGCGACAGAGUCUGAUUCGAGGACUAUCGCAACGUCAUGUUCAAAUGAUUGCGAUCGCUGGUGCUAUUGGAACAGGACUGUUUCUCGGCCUUGGUGGUUCGAUCGCCACAGGUGGUCCUCUAGGUGCCCUUUUGGGCUAUAUGUUUGUUGGAACUAUCGUCUGUUCCAUUCAAUUCGCACUCGGUGAAGUCUCUGCCCUGCUACCAGUGACUGGUUCAUUCGUCCGUCAUGCCGAGGUGCUUGUCGACCCGGCUUUGGCCUUUGCGAUCGGAUGGAACAUCGUCUACGGAUGUUUCCUGAGUGUGCCCAGUGAGAUUUCCGCCGCCGUAGUCCUGAUUCAGUAUUGGACCGAUAUCAAUGCUGCAGUCUGGGUGACUAUUCUCAUUGUGGUCUCUGUGGUUGUUGCCAUCUCGUUCAUCGGCGUGUACGGUGAGGUGGAAUUUAUCUUUGCUAUUUUGAAGAUCCUGCUGGUCAUUUUCGUGGUGAUCCUGGGUCUAGUCAUUGAUCUAGGUGGUAUUCCAGGCAAGCCACGAUUGGGAUUCCACUACUGGAAAGAUCCAGGCCCAUUCGUUGAAUACAUUGCAACUGGAAAUCUGGGACGCUUCCUCGGAUUUUGGGCAGUCAUGACGAACGCAGUCUACUCCUUCGCUGGUGUGGAAUCUUUGGCCAUGGCCGCUGCGGAGACUAAAAACCCCCGCUACAACAUCCCCAAAGCUUGCAAGCGAGUCUUCGCACGUGUCACUAUUUUCUAUCUCGCGGCAGUCUUGGUGGUCGGUAUGCUCGUUUCGAGCGGCGAUGAACGGCUCGGCGACGACUCCGGUACCGCGGCUCAGAGUCCUUUCGUGAUCGCUGCCGGCGACGCUGGCAUCAAGGCCAUUCCUUCCAUCGUCAACGCUAUCUGUCUGACAUCUGCCUGGUCUGCUUCCAACCAGAGUAUUCUUGCCGGAACCAGAACGCUCUACGGUCUUGCGAUCAAAGGCCACGCUCCCAAGAUCUUCCUCCGGACUACCAAGUGGGGUGUGCCGUAUAUGUGUGUGCUGCUUCAAGUGGCCUUCUCUUUCCUGGCCUACAUGUGUGUUUCGAACAGCGCCUUGACUGUGUUCUGGUGGUUUGUUGAUCUCACUGCUGCGGGUACCUUGGUCUCCUGGAUCUGUGUGUCAUUGAACCAUAUCCGCUUGAUGCAGGCAUUGAAGAAACAGGGUAUUUCACCCGAUGCCCUGCCGUGGCAUAAUCGGAUUACAAGAUACACAAGUUGGUUCGCGCUGGUCUCUUGCACCAUCAUUCUUCUCACGGGUGGAUUUACCGUGUUCACCAAAGGAAACUGGGAUCCAGCCUCUUUCGUUUCAAGCUACUUGGAUAUCCCGCUUGUUCUUUGUGCGUAUGGAGGCUACAAGUUGAUUCGUGGGACAAAGAUCGUUCCUCUUGACAUGGUCCCACUGCGCCAGGCUCUGGACGAGGCAGAGAAUGACCCUGAGAACGUGCCUCCCAAGAAGGACAGUCUCCUCUCGAGAUUGAACAUCUUGUGGGGAUGA